AAAGUCUCAAGCAUAUAUCACGGUGGUGAUCUUCCUGAGUCCAGCUGCAAUCAAUUGUCAUUCAUCCAAUUCAUAUCUCAUCAUAAUGGCUCCUCUCAAGCUCACCGACAAAAACCUGUCGCAAAUUUCGACGGCAGGUGAGGCAAAGGUCAAGGUUCCAACCUACCAGCGCGGUGGCGCUCUCAAGGAGGGAAUUGUCCACAUUGGGGUCGGCGGCUUCCACAGAUCUCACCUGGCUGUCUAUGUCGACCAAUUGAUGCAGAAGCAUGGUGUUACCGACUUCGCAAUCUGCGGUGUUGGCUUGCAGCCCUUUGACGCUACCAUGCGCGAUGUCCUGAGAUCGCAGGACCACCUCUACACUGUCAUUGAGCGUUCAGCCAAGGGCAGCUUUGCCCACGUUGUUGGCAGCAUCAACUCCUACCUCUUUGCCCCCGAUGACCGCGAGGCCGUGAUUGCCAAGAUGGCACACCCUGAUACCCACAUUGUCUCGCUCACCAUCACCGAGAGCGGUUACUACUACAACGAGAACACACACGAGCUGCAAAGCGAGCACCCUGACAUCCAGUUUGACCUCGACCCGGCCAACGAGAAGGCACCACGCACCACUUUCGGCUUCCUCUACGCCGCCCUGGCACGGCGCCACCAGCAGGGACUCAAGCCCUUUACAGUCAUGUCAUGUGAUAACAUGCAGAAGAAUGGCUCCAUCACCCGCCAUAUGCUUGAGUCAUUUGCCCGCCUUCGCAACCCUGAGAUGGCCAAGUGGAUUGCUGAGCAAGGUGCCUUCCCGAAUGCCAUGGUUGACCGCAUUACACCUCAGACAUCCGCCGCCGAUAAAAAGGCACUCGCAGACGACUUUGGCAUCGAGGAUGCUUGGCCAGUCGCCACGGAGCCUUUCAUCCAGUGGGUUAUCGAGGAUAAGUUCUCUGACGGACGUCCACCAUUUGACAAAGUCGGUGUCAACGUCGUUAAGAAUGUCCAUGAUGUUGAGCAGUUUGAGAAGCACAAGCUGCGGCUGCUCAACGGCAGCCACUCAGCCAUUGGCUACCCAGGUCAGCUAGCAGGCUUCACAUAUGUCCACGAAGUCAUGGAGAACCCAGAGUUCCGCAAGUUUGUGUGGCAGAUGAUGCAGGAGGAGGUGAAGCCACUCUUGCCAGAGAUUCCGGGUGUCAACAUUGACGAAUAUUGUAACACACUUAUCGAGCGCUUCUCCAACCCCGCAAUCAUGGACCAGCUGCCCCGUAUCUGCCUUGGUGCUUCGGGCAAGAUUCCACAGUUCAUCAUGCCGUCGAUUGCCGAGGCAAUUUGGGUUACUGGCCCUUUCCGCCGCCUAUGUUUUGUCGCAGCGGCUUGGUUCCAUUAUAUUAAUGGUGUUGAUGACAGCGGCAAACCAUUCGAGGUUAAUGACCCAAUGCGGGAGGAGCUCCAGGCCAAGGCUCGUGCAGGAGGCAACAACCCGGUUGAGCUGCUCAGCAUCAAGAGUCUAUUUGGUGAUGACUUGCGUAAUGACAAGAGAUUUAUCCAGGAGAUUACAACAGCUAUGGAGGAAAUCUCCCGGAACGGCAUUCUAAAGACACUUCCCAAGUACAAUGCCUGAUCACUUUUGCUAGAAGCUAUUAGUUUGGGGGAAAGAGGCCGCAAAUCUCUUGAGGUAACAUCUCAAGUCAACAAUUCAAGGAAAUCUUGUAGAGUAAUCUUGAAUUGUUGAGGCGACUUCUUGUAUAUAAAAUAAAAGGUGGCUUGAUGUAGGUAGAUAGAUUCGGAGAUUUUCCCUCUGUAGUUAGUCCUGAGUUACGAUAAAUAUGAUCUUCUGUUCUGUCU